AUGGAUGGGUGGCUAAGACCUCCCAACGGGCUAGUAAAAGUGAACUAUGGUGGAGCUUUUGAUGAAAAGAUGAAGAAAUCUGCAAUAGGUGUGGUCUUUAGGGACCAUACUGGAGCUAUCCUUGAUGGUUUUGCAAUGCAAUCCCCCUUUGUGUCCAGUCUUUACUCGAAAGCACUGGCCAUGCGUGAAGCUUACUUACGGCUUUCGGUUUUACAGAGUUUCAAGGCUAUUGUGGAGUUGGAAAGUUCACUUCAAAAUUUAAAUGGCCUAGGUUUGGCUUGA